CGGAUUUCAGCAGCAUUCCUGUUCUUGAUUGGAAUUCCACUUGGAGUCCGCUUCUUCGUCUCGGUGUUGGACGGUGUGGCCUCAUCGGAUCCCCAUCGGCACCGCCUUUUCCCCUUUCAGGCCGACCUGAAUGGGCCAAUCCGCCUCCAAGAAAUCCAGUAAAUCUCUCUCCUGUUCCUGUUCCUCUUCCUCCUCGGGCCUCCGUGCGAGGUUUGCAUCUGUCUCCGUCGGCCAACCGGCGGCGAUGACCAAAGAAGAAUUGGCCUCAUGCGAGGAUUCCACCGCUUAUUCCUCCAGAGAUUGCACCGUCGACCUUCCAGACGAAUGCUUAGCCCUCGUCUUCCAGUCCCUUGGCUCCGCCGACCGAAAGCAGUGCUCGCUGGUGUGCCAGCGAUGGUUAACGAUCGACGGCCAGAACCGACAUCGUAUUUCCCUCGACGCAAGGGCUGGACUCCAGGAUGCCGUGCCGGGCAUCUUCGCCCGAUUUGACGCCGUCACUAAGCUUGCCCUAAAGUCUGAACGCCGAGCCGAGAGCAUCGGCGAUGAAGCGCUUGCGCUGAUCGCCGCUCGGUGUCCCAACCUCACGCGCCUCAAGCUGCGCUCUUGCCGUGCCAUUACUGAUGCCGGUAUGGCUGCCGUCGCCGAACAAUGUUCAGUCCUCCGCAAGCUCUCCGUGGGGUCUUGCACUUUCGGCUUCAAGGGCAUUGAAGCCGUUGUCCGUGGCUGUUCUGUUCUAGAGGAGCUCUCCAUCAAGAGGCUGCGUGGCCUACCUUUCGCCAUCGGCGCUAGUACGUCUGGCGACGAAAUCAUUGGCUCUGCCUCCCUCCGAUCUCUCUGUCUGAAAGAACUUAUCCAUGGUCUGUGCUUUGCACCACUCAUCUUUGGAUCCUCCAAUCUCAAAACCCUUAAACUAAACCGGUGUUCCGGUGACUGGGAUUGGAUUCUAGAGGACAUAGCCGAUAAAGUCCUUGGGAUCACCGAGGUCCACCUUGAGAAGCUUCAGGUCAGUGACCGUGGCCUUGCUUCCCUCUCCUCUUGUGUCAAUCUUGAGAUCCUUCACCUUGUAAAGACCCCGGAGUGCACUGAUAUCAGCCUCACCGCCAUCGCAGAACGCUGUCACCUACUCCGUAAGAUCCAUAUUGAUGGAUGGAAGACCAACAGGGUGGGCGAUGAGGGCCUCAUAGCUAUUGCAAAGCAGUGCCCUAACCUGCAGGAACUGGUACUUAUUUCAGUGAAUCCAACUGUUCGAAGCUUAGGGCAUAUAGCGAGCAACUGCCAGAACUUGGAGCGCCUUGCCAUCUGUAGCAGCGACACCUUCGGGGAUGCCGAAAUUUCUUGCAUUGCCUCCAAAUGCAUGGCUUUGAAGAAGCUCUGCAUUAAGGGCUGCCCAGUGUCUGAUCAGGGGAUGGAGGCCCUGGCCAAAGGUUGCCCCAAGCUAGUUAAAGUCAAGGUAAAGAAGUGCCAAGGUGUGACACCGGAAUUUGCAGGCUGGUUGAUGGCAUGCAAGGAGGGGAUGGUGGCAGUGAAUUUGGACACAGCAGCACCAACUGAACAGGCAGAGCCCAGUGUUACUGAGAGUGGGGCGCUUGAAAACAAUGAACAGUCAAUCGAUCGAAUUGGGGCUGUCAAUCUUCACUCAUCAAGCUGUAGUUCUAGGCCGUCUCCAUGGAAGGCACAGAUGGGACUUUUUGCCGGUAAGAACUUUGUAGUGUCCGCUAUCCGGAGAUGGUCUCAUGGGAGUAGUAACUCCAGUCAUACAUGAAAGGGAAGGACAAGCUCUUACUUCUGUUGCAUUUCAUCUGGCUAAGUAUUUUAAGGUGUAUGUCAUCAGUUAGCACUUCAAAUCUAAUGUGCCUAUUUGCUUGAUAUUGUUACUUCUGUUGCUGGUCCUUAUGCUUUCCAUCUCCAUGUUUAUCUACAAAAUCUUCGACUUUGUUGCUGAUAGGUUCAUAUUCAUAUUACUGAUGCAUGCUCCUCGGAUACAUUAUGGGUUUA